AUGGCACCCCUCAUCGAUCACAUUUACACGGCCGACCCCUCAGCUCAUGUCUUCAAUGGCAAAAUUUACAUCUACCCCUCUCAUGACCGUGAGACGGAUAUUCAGUUCAACGACAAUGGCGAUCAAUAUGACAUGGCCGACUACCACGUCUUUAGCACCUCGUCGCUGGAUCCUCUCGAGCCCGUCGUAGAUCACGGUGUAGUGCUGAAGACAGAGGACGUUCCGUGGGUUUCGAAGCAACUCUGGGCCCCCGACGCCGCCUUCAAGAAUGGAAAAUACUACCUGUACUUCCCUGCUCGCGACAAGCAAGACAUCUUCCGCAUUGGCGUCGCCGUGUCGGACAAGCCUGAGGGCCCUUUCACCCCUGACCCCGAGCCUAUCAAAGGUAGUUACAGUAUCGACCCGGCCAGCUUCGUCGAUGAUGACGGGCAGGCAUAUCUCUACUUUGGUGGUCUGUGGGGCGGUCAGCUGCAAUGCUACCAGAAGGGUAACGAUAUGUUUGACCCCGAAUGGCUAGGCCCUAAGGAGCCCAGCGGCAAGGGGGUUUUUGCUUUAGGUCCCCGUGUCGCCAAGCUCACAGAGGACAUGCACCAGUUUGAUGGCGAGGUCCAAGAAAUUCUUAUCCUUGACCCCGAGACGAAGAGGCCCAUUCUGGGUGAUGACCACGAACGUCGCUUCUUCGAGGCUGCUUGGAUGCACAAGAAGGAUAACCUCUACUACUUCUCCUACUCGACGGGUGACUCUCAUUACCUCUGUUACGGAACAAGCGAAAGCCCAUUUGGUCCCUUCACCUACGGAGGACGCAUUCUUGAGCCUGUUCUUGGCUGGACGACACAUCACUCGAUCGUGGAGUUCAAGGGCCAGUGGUGGUUAUUUCAUCACGACUGUGAGCUGAGCAAUGGCGUGAACCACCUGCGAUCCGUCAAGGUCAAGGAGAUAUUUUAUGAUGCGGAGGGAAGGAUCAUAACGGAGAAGCCUUGA